AUGAACAGCCACAACAACAACAAUGGCGCAUCCGAUGACAGGUUGACACUUUCGACGGCUAUCCCAUCCCUCAACCCAUCCCCUGGGGGACCAUUCUCAGCUCUAACCCCAUCCAUGUGGCCGCAAGAUAUUUUACUAAGAUUACAAAACGAUGAAGAUGAUGAUGACUGCAUUGAUUAUUGGUAUGAUGAAUUUGGCUUCAAAGUUGAAGAAGAAGACGGCCCAGAGGAGAAUUCAAACAAGUUAUUGAGUCAGAGAUUCGUAGAGGACCCGCAGCAUCGACUCAAAUGGAUCGCCUACCUCGAGUUCUCUCACAGUACCAGUCUAGGUGAUCUUACAUGGGACAGUAUCGACAUUCGACUGCCUACCUCUGAGAAGUUGAAGUUGAUGGUGCGCCAGGGCAUCCCUCACUCUCUGAGACCCUACAUCUGGAUGAGGACGUCGGGGUCACUAGAGAAAAAAACCAAGAUGGACACCAACUACAAAAUGGUUGUUAAAGCCAGUUCAAAUGACCACCUUAUGACCUCAAAACAAAUCGAAAAGGACCUCUUAAGGACAAUGCCAAGCAACGCCUGUUUUUGUAAUAUAAAUAGCACGGGAAUUCCCAGGCUGAGAAGGGUCUUGAGGGCGAUAGCCUGGCUUUUCCCUGAUGUGGGCUACUGCCAGGGUACUGGCAUGAUAGCAGCAUCCCUAUUGCUUUUUAUGGAGGAGGAAGAUGCUUUCUGGAUGAUGAGCACCAUCAUCGAAGACAUCCUCCCUGCUUCAUACUUCUCCAACACGCUGCUCGGUGUACAGGCUGAUCAAAGAGUGUUGAGACAGUUGGUAGUUACAUGCCUGCCCAGCAUAGAUGCUAAAUUGAAGGAACAUGAUAUAGAACUUUCCCUGAUAACAUUACACUGGUUUCUGACGUUGUUCUCUAGUGUCGUGCACAUGAGGGUGCUUCUGAAGAUAUGGGAUGUCUUGUUCUACGAGGGCUCCAUCGUCCUCUUCCAGAUGACCCUGGCUAUGCUCAAGUUGAAGGAGAGAGAGAUACUAGCAUUGGAGAACUCGGCACAGAUCUUCAACGUCCUCUCUGAUAUACCUGGGGAGGUGCAGGAUGUUGACGAACUCAUUGAGAUUGCGUUCAAGCAGUUUGGUUCGUUGACGGAUGUAUGCAUAGACACACAGAGGCGCAAACACCUGGCCUACCUCAUGGCCGAUCAAGGAUGCCUCAUUAAUCCGGAAUCCGUCAAAAAUCUUCCCAAGCAGCAACUGACCAGACGCCACUUGAAGCACUCAAAAUCUUUAAUGUCUUUGGUAUUCUGGGGCAACCAUGACGACGACAGUGACGUCAACUCUGAGAAGACGAAGAACAUCCGGCAGACGGAGAUCCUGGUAGAUCUGAGGGAGGCCAUCUUGCAAGUGGCCAGACAUUUUCAGUCUCUCGAUCCCGCCAAUACAAAAAUUAACCUACAAGCGGACUACCUGAUGGAAUCACACGCAAGGGACCUGGAGAACUUUGUGAACGUAUCAAGGGAUCGGAGAAAGAGGGCCAAGGCUUUGCUUGAUUUUGAGAAGCACGGCGAUGACGAGCUGGGCUUUAAGAAAAAAGAUAUUAUUACGAUAAUAUCACAAAGGGACGACCACUGCUGGAUUGGUGAGUUAAAUGGUAUGAGGGGAUGGUUUCCCGCCAAAUUUGUUGAACUCCUGGACGAGCGUAGCAAAAGUUACACGUCUGCCGGCGACGAUGCGGUCACUGAAACCAUCACUGACAUCGUCAGAGGAGUUUUAUGCCCAGCUCUGAAGGCAGUUUUCGAACAUGGGUUGAGAAAGCCCUCUAUAUUGGGUAGGCCCUGUCAUCCGUGGCUCUUUAUUGACGAGGCCACCACGAAGGAGGUUGAGAAGGAUUUCGAGUCCGUAUAUUCCAGAUUGGUGCUUUGCAAAACUUUCAGACUGGAUGAAGAUGGAAAAGUGCUGACUCCAGAAGAGAUUUUGUACAGGGCUGUCCAUUCAGUGAACAUGACGCACGACUCGGUGCACGCUCAGAUGGAUGUCAAGUUCAGAUCUCUCAUGUGCUGCGGACUCAACGAGCAAGUAUUGCACUUGUGGCUAGAGACGUUGUGUUCGUGUGUGGAUGUGGUCGAGAAGUGGUACCACCCGUGGUCAUUCCUCAGGAGUCCUGGCUGGGUGCAGAUCAAGUGCGAGCUCAGGAUCCUGGCACAGUUCGCAUUCAACCUUUCUCAGGAUUGGGAACUUCCCGUGAAGAGGGACGCCAGCAAGCCUCUGAAGGAUGGCAUCAGUGACAUGAUCAUCAAGCAUCACCUCUUCAGCUGGGAUAUCUGA